AUGGCCUCACAGAAGCUCAAUGGGAGGAGAGAGCUACUGCAAGACAAGAAUAUUGCAAACUUCAUUGAGGAAAUUAAAGAUUUGAGACCAAUUAGUCUCAUUCAUGGGGCUUAUAAGAUUGUUUCUAAAGUUCUUGUUGAGAGAUUCAAGCAGACUUUGUCUAUUAUAAUUUCUCAGCAUCAAACUGUUUUUGUCAAGAAGAGGCAAAUCCUAGAUGGAGUUUUAAUAGCUAAUGAACUCAUUGAUUCUAGACUCAGGAGUGGAAAACCAGGAAUUCUUUGGAAGAGGCAAUGGAUCAGAUGUCGUGUUGAAUUCACAAGAUUCUCUGUUCUUGUUAAUGGGGGUGCAACUGGUUACUUCAAAAGCAUGAAAGGGAUCAGGCAAGAUGACCCAAUUUCACCUUUCUUAUUUCUUUUAGUGGGGGAAGCACUCACUUUUAUGAUUAGAAGAGCUCAAGAGCAGGGUAUUCUUUCUGUUUUUCAAGUCAAGGAUGGAGGUUUGCUGGUUAGUCAUUUGCAGUUUGCAGAUAACACUCUCAUUUUUCUUGAUGCAUACAUUGAGCAAGUUAAAAAUCUAAGACUAAUCCUUCUUUCUUUUGAGAUGCUGACAGGUCUAAAAAUCAAUUUUUCUAAAAGUCAUAUCUUUGGUGUGGGUUAUGAUGGGGAUUUAAAUGUUUUUUCUUCUCUUAUUGGUUGUUACAAUGGUGUCUUGCCUACUAUUUAUCUUGGUUUGACUUUGGGUGAUAAGUGUGGUGGUCUGGCUAAAUGGGACAAAGUGGUGGACAAAUUUAUAGCAAGAUUACCUGGCUGGAAAAAACCUCUCUUGUCAAAAGCAGGUAAAAUAACUCUUAUUAACAUUGUUCUUGCUACUCUUCCAGUUUACUACAUGUCACUUUUUGAAAUUCUUGUUGUUGUUUUAAAGAAGCUUGAAAAAAUCAUGAGGGACUUUAAGAAGUUUGGAGGUCUAGGCAUUAAGAACUUGAAGUUGGUUAAUCAAGCCCUUCUUUCUAAAUGGUCUUGGAGAUAUGCUACUGAGAAUGAUCUCAUGUGGAAAAGAAUUAUAGAUGAGAAAUAUGGUUUAAAUGAUGUUGUUUGGUCACCUAAGUUACCAAAGUGUACUUAUGGCAGGUCUGUUUGGAAAUCAAUUAUGAAGAGUAAUUCUUCGUUUCUGAAGUUUGUCAGAUUCAAGGUUAACAAUGGUGCUCUUGUGAGAUUUUGGCAGUUGUAUGCACAUCCAAUUAAAACUUGUUAUCCAAACUUCUUUGCUCUUUCCAAAGCUAAGCAUCUUUUUGUGGCUGAAAUGUGUGUGUUAAUCGGCAACUUAGCUGCUUGGAAUCUUCAAACUCCUAGAAGAUUGAAUACUGCUGCAAGAGUGGAGCUUAAUCUUCUUAUGGUUGAUCUUAAAUCUUUUCAGUUCACUCUAAAUAAGGAAGAUGAACUCUACUGGCCUUUCACUUCAAACAAAUGCUUUUCUAGAUUUCUUAUUAAGAAUGUGCCUGAUUCUUGUGUUUUCUGUGCUGCCAUGGAAACAACUUCUCAUCUGCUUCUGCACUGUGAUUUUGCAAAAAAGGUUUGGGAUGCUUUAACUAUUAAGUUAAUAUGGCUCUUUGCAAUGCCUAGAGAUGUUAUUCCUGCUUUGCAAGCUUGA